UCGACGGGCGGGGCCUCUAGGGGGCGGGGUCCUGGUCCGGCCAGUGCGGAGGCGCGCGUUGCCGCCCAGGAGCGAGCAAGGGAGCUAGCGGCGAGCUGAGACCCAGCGCGCCCCGUCCGCUUGCGCACCAUGCUGCCCUGGACGGCACUCGGCCUGGCCCUGAGCUUGCGGCUGGCGCUGGCGCAGAGCGGCGCAGAGCGUGGUCCCCCGGCGUCAGCCCCCCAGGGGGACUUGCUGUUCCUGUUGGACAGCUCGGCCAGCGUGUCUCAUUAUGAGUUCUCCCGAGUUCGGGAGUUUUUGGGUCAAUUGGCCGCCCCGCUGCCCCUGGGCCCCGAGGCCCUGCGUGUCAGCCUGGUGCACGUCAGCAGCCAGCCACACACCGAGUUCUCCUUCAGCCAACAUAGCUCAGGUGCGGCUGUCCAGGACGCCAUACGUGCUGCAGCCCAGCUUAUGGGUGACACCAACACUGGCCUAGCGCUGGCAUACGCCAGGGAGCAGCUGUUCGCUGAAGCAGCGGGUGCCCGGCCGGGGGUGCCCAAGGUGCUGGUGUGGGUGACAGAUGGCGGCUCCAGCGACCCCGUGGGGCCCCCCAUGCAGGAGCUGAAGGACCUGGGCACCACGGUCUUCAUCGUCAGCACUGGCCGCGGCAACCUCCUGGAGCUGGCGGCCGCCGCCUCGGCGCCCGCCAAGAAGCACCUGCACUUUGUGGACGUGGACGACCUGCACAUCAUCGCCCAGGAGCUGAGGAGCUCCAUUCUCGAUGCAAUGCAGCCACAGCAGCUCCGUGCCUCUGAGGUCACGUCCAGCGGCUUCCGUCUGGCCUGGCCACCCCUGCUGACAGCCGACUCUGGCUACUAUGUGUUGGAGCUGGCACCCAGCGCUGAGCCAGGGACCAAGCGUCGCCAGCAGCUGCCAGGGAACGCCACAGGCUGGGCCUGGGCCCACCUGGACCCCGCCACGGACUACGACGUGGCGCUGGUGCCCGAAUCCAACGUGCACCUCGUGAGGCCGCAGCACCUGCGGGUGCGCACGCUGCCGGAGGAGGCCGGGCCAGAGCGCAUCAUCAUCUCACAAGCCAGGCCGCGCAGCCUGCGGGUGAGCUGGGCCCCGGCGGUGGGCCCGGCCGCAGCGCUUGGCUACCACGUGCAGUUCGGGCCGCUGCAGGGCAGCGCGGCGCAGCGCGUGGAGGUGCCCGCGGGCCACAACAGCACCACGCUUCAGGGACUGGCUCCCGGCACCGCCUACCUAGUGACGGUGACGGCGGCCUUUCGCUCCGGCCGCGAGAGGGCGUUGUCAGCCAAGGCCUGCACGCCCGACGGCGAGCGCAGCCGCGCCCCGCGCCCCACGCCGCCGGGGGCCGGGGGCCGGGGGCCUUGAGCUGGCUGCCCCGCCUACUCAAGGGCCCCUUCUCCCGAACCCGGUGGGGAGGCGUCCGCCGCCGAGCCCAGGGUCUUGUCCUGGGUGGGUGAGGGAGGGUGCGGGUCGGGCCUUUGCCCUGCGGCGACUCCGCGUGGGCCCCAAGUCCUCUGCCCGCGGCCGGAGCCGGCGUCUGCCUUCCAGCACGCGGGCUUCUCCUGAUUCCGCGGCCUGACUCUCCGCUGCAGCUCUGGCAGCAGAACUUGCCAUCGCGACUCCCUCCACUGCCAGGCCCAGAGCGGGCACUUGGUGGUGUCCUUUGGGCAGGAUUUAGCGGGGAGAUGGAUAGGGAAUCUAGGGGCGGGUUAAGAACAUCAGAUCCAGGACUGGCCUCGGCCCAGGACCGGAGGGCAGCCUGUCGGGCAGCCGGACCGCCCACUUGUGUGAAGGGCCAGUCCUUCUGGUGGCGAGAGCUGGCAUCGUGUGAGGGAGCUUGGCCCAGCUGGCCACUCAGAUCCUGGAGGUUGAUAGGAGGUGGAUGGGGGAAGGGGAGGAGCUGACUCUGGCCAGGUACCAAAGGGUUCCUGGAGGAGACAGGAUCUGGCACAGGGCAGGGAGAAGUGCUGGGCGGUUGAUGGUGUGGCAAUGGUUGGUGGGUGGAAAAGUGGUCUUUACUAGGAUACUCAGCUGGCUUUCAGGCAGUGCCUGCCAGGGACAGUGGCACUGCCUUCCUGCCCUGAUGGGCCCCUUUUGCGAAUACCAGAGGCUGGCCUUCAGGACCCUGCAGACAUCACUGGCGGGAGCCUCCCCUUGCUCAUGGGUGGGGACUUCCAGUUGGGGGUGAGGGUGAACAAGUAUACUCUGGGUGGGUUCACCCCAGGAUUCUCUGCAUAUUCUGACCCCUCCUCCCCAACAUAACAACUUUACUAUCCUGGGGCCACCAGACAAGUCCCAAGGUCAGGCAGUGCUUCUUUCCCCCAGCCCCACCAGGCACGUCCUUCUCUGCCUCUUCCCCACUAACGUCCCACAUUUUAAAAUACAGUAAAUCAGGCGUAAACUGA